UAUGAGUGAAGUAUACUUUUAGUUUCAACACGACUCGUAACCUUGAACUCAUACGCUACUGUGUACUGCACCAAGAUGGCGGCUUCUAGCAAGGUGCUCGCAAGGUUGCCCGGUUUGUUUCGUCCUGCUGUGAGAAGUGUCUACACUGCUUCAAGGCAAAAUUUAAUGCUUGAUGAAAACACAAAAGUUAUUUGUCAAGGUUUCACGGGAAAACAGGGCACAUUUCACAGUCAACAAGCCCUUGAGUAUGGAACGAAGCUUGUAGGAGGAGUCUCACCAGCUAAGGCUGGAACAGAGCAUCUUGGCUUACCAGUCUUCGCUUCAGUCAAAGAGGCUAAAGAUGCUACAGGGGCAACAGCUUCGGUUGUCUUUGUUCCUCCUCCAUUCGCUGCAGCAGCUGUCAUGGAGGCCAUGGAUGCUGAAAUACCCUUGGUUGUUUGCAUCACAGAAGGAAUCCCUCAGCAAGACAUGGUGCGGGUGAAGCACAGGCUUGUGAGGCAGAGUAAAACUCGUCUGAUAGGCCCCAAUUGUCCUGGCAUCAUCAAGCCUGGUUUGUGUAAAAUUGGUAUCAUGCCUGGACAUAUACAUAUGCCUGGAAAAAUAGGAAUUGUUUCGCGUUCUGGUACCCUGACUUAUGAAGCUGUUCAUCAGACCACUUUGGCUGGACUUGGACAGUCUUUGUGUGUGGGAAUUGGUGGAGAUCCAUUCAAUGGCACCAACUUCAUUGACUGUUUAGAGGUCUUCCUGAAUGACCCACAAACAGAAGGCAUUGUGCUCAUUGGUGAAAUUGGUGGUUCUGCAGAAGAAAAUGCAGCCGAGUACCUGAAACAGAAUAACAGUGGACCAAAUGCGAAACCUGUUGUGUCCUUCAUUGCUGGCCUGACCGCUCCCCCAGGCAGGAGGAUGGGGCAUGCUGGUGCCAUCAUUGCUGGAGGUAAAGGAGGAGCAGAUGAAAAAAUUGCUGCUCUGAAGUCUGCUGGUGUGGAUGUGACCAUGUCUCCUGCUCAACUGGGAACUACUAUUGCUGCCGCAAUGGCAAAGAAGGGCAAGUCUUAGCUGCAGACAGUAACAUGUGUUCAGAGGUAUAGCAGGCUGCUAAAGAUGAAUCCACCAUGAGAGAAAGGAGAAUAUGUACAUGUGUCGAUGAAGAGACGGACAGAAUUUCAAUACUUAUUGUGAUACCCCACUGUGUAUGGGCUACGAAUGUAUAUAAACAUGUGACAGUGAAGACUUAAACCUUUAGUCAGAUUUCUGUAGUAUGUGAAAAGUGUGCUUGAGACUGUGUCUUUUAGUAUAAUUUUAUUCAGCUUGCUGAAUUAGAUAAUGUAUCCGAAGAACUAUCACCUUGAAAGAGUGUUGACACAGACCAAACAUUGUUUUGCUAUAGCACAAAUGACAAAUGUUCUUUCUUGAAAGAUAGGGAUGUGAAGGGAUGACAUUCAUCGACUUGGUUUUGCUAUUAUAUCUUUGUCUCAAAACUUGCAACAAAUCUAGUACAGGCUGGGAGUAUGGUUGUGUAUGUACUACCUGAGGUGAUAAUGACAUUUGAAGGGCUAUCUUUAGUUUCAGGAGGAAUUUUACGGGCCUAUAUUUACUGAUAGUAAAUGUAAAACUUUUGUUUCAUUACUUUUGUUGUAAGCAAAGGUGUGGUUACUUUUGUAAUUGGCACACAACACAAGUGUCUGCUGUUGCAGAAUCUUGUAAUGGCUGUUGCCGUAUGCUUUUGGAAACACCAUAAUGACUGCUUAAAUUGUAGAGAUAUAUUGGGUGCAUGCCAGACUUGCACGACUACUUAAGUUUUACGCACUGGCCCUUUGUUGUCUCUCAUCUGUGAGUUUGUGAAGCUCGGGAUCUUGAGUACCGCAUGAUGCUGUAUUUCUAUGCCAAGUAUUUUGAGAACCAUUAAUGUAUCGUGUUCAGUGGGUAGUUGCCCUUUUAAUAAUAAACAGUUGAUCUUGAUCAUUGGCCUUGUAUUUAGAGGCAGUUGCCAUAUGAUUUUAUGGAUGGGUACAUCUCACCCCAACUUAUGCUUUUUUCCCCCUUGUUUCUGGGCAAGGCAAGCACCUAUAUAUGUUUUUUUUUUACCCUGAUUGUCUCUGAAUGAAAAUGAAUUCUGGUCGACUGGAACCUAAUAAAUGAAUAAAAUUGUC